AGAGCAAGAGAGAGAGAGACAGAGAGAGAGACAGAGUAGAGCCACCACUGCCACAAGAGAACAUCAUAUACAAGGCAUACACUGAAGACACACUGGGAGUGCUUAUUUCUACUGCUAUCACAGACAUCUUGCCCCUCAGCCUCUGUGCGCGUGUUUUAGUCCUCCCAUCCCUGCUGCGUCAUCGCCGUCGUCGUUGUUGUCGCCGCCGCCUUCGCCAUUCGUUCCCGUGAGCCAUGAAGACGCCGCUCUGGACCCUGUUGCUGCUGAGUCUGGGUGCCCCGGCGCGUGGAGACUGCCAGAGGGACUGCGUCUCCUGUGGACUCCUCCUUCCUGAGCACCAGGCCUUCAGCACACUGGUGUGCUUGCUGGAAUGUGAGGCCCAGAUGUCCUCUGCACUGACCUGGGACCUGUGCCAAGCCACCGUGAGCCAGAUGCCUGUUUCUCGCCAGCUACACGAAGGGGCCAUGACCAACCGAGAUGACUACAGCGGCCCUAUGAGCCUGGAGGAGGGCGAGGAAGAGGAGAUCAACCAAGAGGAAGAGCAACAGCAGGAGCAGCAGCAGCAGCCGGGGGCAGCCAUUGAGACCAGGGCCGCCGAGUGGUUCCGAUCCGCGCUCGAGGCUGAGCAGGUCCGGGAUGCUCUGGUGGACGAGGAGGAGGACGAGGAGCGGGGGCGGGAGCGGGACGGCAAGGCGUCGCCAGACCGCCAGGGCGUGUCGGGGUCCGACCUGGAGGCGGCCGGCCUCCACCUGGCCAAGCGCUUCGGCGGCUUCAUCAAGGGCCGCCACAGCUACCGCAAGCUGGUGGGCCGGGACCUGGCGGCGGGGGCGGCGGCGGCGGCGGGAGGCCCAGGGGCCGAGGAGGAGGAGGGUCGGCCGCUGCAGAAGCGCUACGGCGGCUUCAUCGGCAUCCGCAAGUCGGCGCGCAAGUGGAACAGCCAGAAGCGCGUCAGCCAGCUCCUGCGGCAGUACCUGAGCCUCACGGGCCGCCCCGGCCGCUUCAACAACCUCUCCGCGCCCGGCCUGCGCCGGCCAAUCGACCUGUAGGCCGCCACGCCACCCCCCCCCAACUCGCCAUCCGAGCCC